UUUAUAAUAUGAUGUGAUGGAAAGAGACGCAGCCCUCUAGGCGUGCGCAGUGCGGGGCGCCGUGCUCGAGGCCCCCGUGGCGGCGCUCCAAGAUGGCUGACCUGUAGCACCCACACCACACUCCCGCUCCUGAAAAUACCCUGUCAGAUCCACACAAAUUGGUGUUAGCUCCCCGCACUCCCACCGGGCAAGCCUGUACGUCCAGCUGACACCCCUGAGCGGCCGUGGACAGCGGGACACAGGCAGAAGUCGCCGGGAAGGGCCAGUAACAGUGUUGAUGUGGGGCUGAACCUCCAUGUUUACAUUAUUUUGAGGCGGCGAUAUUAGUGUUUGUGAGUGUUGUGGUGGUUCUCGAGGGUGACAUGUGAGGCGUGAGUAGCCCCUUGCGUCCUCCCAUACAGGAUUUACCCCAGCGUGGCCAGACAGCAAGGCAAUCACACUACACAGCGGAAGGCAAGGGAGCGUGAGGACAAGGAUGGCCGGGCCAAGGUGGCUGGCCAGGUAGCGGCGGGAUGUCACUGGUGGUUCAGAAGUUGGUGCUAAGUUCAGGAGGGGCCACCGCCACCACUGCCCAGCCUCCCACCGCCCACCAUGUCACAUUAUCCGCCUACACCCACGCUCGGUCAAAUGCAACAGACAGUAUGGGCCGUGUGCUGGAUGGUCCACCAAGUGGUUCCAUGAGCACUCCACCUGCCUCUUCCUCCCCAUAUUCCUCCUCCUCCUCAAACUCCUCCUCCUCCUCCAAACACACCUCCACCUAUAACCUCCCUUUUGUUCUUCAGGAUCAUAACUAUGGUGCUCCUCCUCCCCCAACACCCCCACAUUCCCCUCCCCCCGCCUCCUCGUCCUCUUCCUCCUCUUCUAAUACCUCCUCUUCCACCACCUCUUCUUCCUCUGGCUCACUCUACCAACAUCAUUACCAGCAGCAACAUCAUCAUCAACAACAACAACAACAACAACAACAACAACAACAACAACAGUACCACCACCCUCAUCACCACCACCACCACCACCACCACCACCACCAGACAUACCAAUCCACCUCCUUGGCCACCUCCUCAUCCACCACCUCCCCCUCCUCCUCAUCCUCCACCUCUCAUCACCAUACCUCAUCCUCCACCACCCCUCAUCACCACCACCACCCCCAUCACCAUCACCAACCUACCACGACUGCCACUGCCACCAUCACAGCUCACCACCACCACCAUCACCACCCCACCACCACAGCCAAUACUCACCACCAGCAACAGCAACACCAGCACCACCACUCCACCACCACCACCACCUCCACCACUCCACAUCUCCAGCAGAAACACCACCACUUUGUACAACACCCAGGUCCUUCACCUCGCCUGGGUUGCUCCUCUUCCUCUUCCACUGUCUCCUCUUCUUCCACCACCUCCUCCUCCUCCACCACUAACUCUUCCUCCUCUCCUACCGCCUCCUUCUCCUCCCCCUCCUUAUCAGUGGGGGGAGUGAUGACCCACCACCCCCUCUCCAACAUGCCCCCUCAUCGUCAGCAGUUUAUGCCCCAUCCCAAGUCGAGCAUCAUUUUCCCCUCUCCACACAUCCCCCCUCCCCCGGUGGAACUCCCCCAACACCACUCCCACCACCACCAGCCCCUGCCAUCCUCUGCCACUGGCCCCCCACCACCCCUGUUGCCCUCCACCGAGACAGACGAUGACUCGCGACUCAGCGAUCGCAGCUCCUCGGUGGGUCCUUCAGGGGAAGAAACGGAGACAGCACCAGAGGGGGAAGGGGAUGAUCUGCCUGCAGAUGACUCCAUCACCCGGUGUGUUUGUGACUUCUCCCAUGACGAUGGCUACAUGAUCCAGUGUGACCGCUGCUUUGUGUGGCAGCAUGUGGACUGCAUGGAGAUUGACCGUGACAACAUCCCAGACGAGUACCUGUGUGAGGCAUGUGAUCCACGGCCCAUUGACCGCUUCAAAGCACGUGCUCUACAGAUCCGGCGUCGUCAGGAGAUCAAGGCACACCUGGCCAGGUUAUCAUCCUCUGACUCAGAAGACAACAUCCCAAUGUCCACCAAGAGUCGGGGCAGCCUGGGCAAAGUUCAGGAGAGGAAGGUGGUGAAGAAGAAAAAGGUGAAGCAGAUUAAGGACAUGAAGAAUGGGCGGAAGGGAGGUGGCAGUGGUAAUGGUUCUCUCUCACUUCUAAAGAAAGGUGGCAAUGGUAGCAACAACAGCACCACAACCACCUCGUGCAAUAACAGCCUCCUGCCAGGCCUAGAGGACAAGGAGAGGAGGAUGCUGGUGAAGAGAAGGCGGAAAAGCAACAGUCAGAGUGGUGGUGAAGGUGUGAGUGAUGACUCCAGUGGAGGGCCAGUGGAGCGACUAAGGGCCUGGGUGGAAGGUUAUGAGGCAGCUGUCACCAACCACUACUCUCCAGAGCUGCGGGCACGUGUCCAUGCAGCCCGCAUCAAUGGUGUCUCCCCUGACCUGCGCGCCUCGACCCAAGGCGCUGUGCUUGGUCAUCGCUGUCGAGUGGCUAACAACCCUCGGCCACUGUUUGAUGUGUUUGACAGCAAGAUCCUUGUGGCAGCCACCAGGUUGGCCCCCAACACAGCCAUUACUGAGUUCCAGGGUAAAUACUUGUUGGCCUCGCAAUGGAAUGCUCAGCAACCUGUGAGCAGUCAACCUUAUCUACCCUAUGUCCUACAGUACCACAUGCCCAAGGAGGGCCUCACUGUGUGUGUGGAUGCAAGGACCUAUGGCAAUGAUGCCAGGUUCACCCGCCACUCCUGCACACCCAAUGCUGAGGUGCGACAUGUGGUAGAGCGUGGCUCCCUCCAUCUGUACAUAGUGGCCACCCGGGAGAUAGAGGAGGGGGAGGAGGUGACGCUGUCCCUGGAAACAGCCAACUCCACCCUGGAGUUGGUCUGCUGCUUGGCUGAGGAGCAUGACUGCCGAGCACCUCCUAGCCCCCGACCUGAACAGACUGCUCCAGCGCCUGCUCUGACCCACAAGAAAAAUGGUCUUAUUGUUGGAAACAAGAAGACUUUUAAAAAACAGCAGCUGCAACUACAGCUGCGCACUAGUAAAAGAACAGCUUCAGCUGACACUAGAUUAAUAGAGUCAGCCACCACCAACCCGGUUAACCCCAGCAAUCCUGUCACGACUGUGAAGCAGAGGAGAGCAUCUGGCUGUGGCAAGUCCCCGGUGAAGUCUCCAAGCACAGCCUCUGCCACCAGCUCACCUGAGGAAAACAGUAAAGACACCUCUUCCACCAAUCCAGGUCCAGGCACCCCAUCAGUAACAACAGGGAAUAACACAGUUCCUCCAGACACUCCUCGCACCACGCUGGACAAGCAGCAACAACAGAAGAUGACAAGGGAGGAGAGGAAGAUAGCUGCUUACAUGAAGGCCUUUGAGAGAUUGGAGAAAGCUGCUCAGAGAAGACAAGAGAUGGAGAAGAAGAAGGAGGAGGACAAAGGCAGGGACAUGCGAGAUCCCAAGGAGAAAGACAAGAAGCGCUGUGAUGGAGAUGAGGAAGACUGGGAGAAGACAAGCAGUGCUGAUGAAUGCGUGCGUUCCAUGGUGGGGGCUGACCGCUGCCGCCGUAAGGGGAAAAAAGGCCGAGGCAAGGGCAGUCCCCAAAAGCGUAGCAAUCACCGGGCAGACUCAGCAGCCUCAGACCUCACAGGGGAUGAGAGCAGCUGUGCCUCAGUUGGCCUUAUGUCCCCCAGUGGUGGUGCCACCAUGGAAAGCAUUGCUCUCAAUUUUAACUCUCCACCACAAGGCAACCCUAAUGCCAUGGGAUUCAGGUUUCCAAAGACCAAGAAGGCUCUCAUGAAUGAAUGGCUCAAUGAGAAUGUGGAUCCAGUAGUACCUGCUGGAAGUGUGGUGGGUACCGAUCUCCCCUCAGGAGUGCCCCCUUGCUACAUGAGAUCGCCAGCCAUGCCACUGCGAAGGUCAUCCCUCAAUCAGACGACUGGUCCAGGAGCAUUGCCAGUUCAGGAAAUGCCUGGUGGGUCAGCCAAGAAGAGGUGGCUCAGGCAGGCCAUUAGUGAGGAGACUGAGACACCACAGUUCAAUGGCUUGUGUCCCAGCCCCAACAGCAGACCAGACUCUCCUACUGGUGGAGGUGACUACAUCACUCCCCUGAAGAAGAGAAGGCUGGCACGGGAAUCCAUGUCUUCAGAGCUGUCCUCCACCCCACCCUCCACCCCUGUCCACUCCACCAGCAUGGAGGAAGACAAGAUGGUAGAGGAGAUGGAAGCAGAACUGGCUGAGGAGGAUGACUCACACAAGUCAAAAACUAACCACAGGUACUCAGAGAACAGGCCCAUCAGCCCUUCUGUUCAGGACACCACCACUUGUCCAGGAUACCUCAGGUCUGCCACAGACACCAGCAGCAGCAGUGGUAGUAGCAGGACAAAGAGAGCAGUGGUGCAGGAAGAUGAUGAGGAAGAAGAGGAAGACCUGGUGAUAGAUGAGGAUGGAAGUUUUUUUGACCAAGGCAGUGGGGCAGUGAAUUUCAGCAAGGUAUCAUGUGGACGACUUUCCCAAGGCCAGGUGGAAGAGGAAGACAGAGUUAUGCGACCAAAAACUCGCAGAGGAAAGAAGGUCUGUUAUGAACCCGAGGAUGAGGAAGAGGAGGAGGAGGAGGAGGAGGAGGAAGAGGAGGAAGAGGAGGAGGAGGAGGAGGAGGAGGAGGAGGAGGAGGAGGAGGAGGAAGUAGAAAGGGAAGAGGAUGAUGUGCAAGAGGAGUAUGAAGAGGAUGAAAACCAGAUUGUAGUAGAUGAUGAUAGAGAGGAACCUCUCAAAACCAGGAGGAGACAGAAUACAAUGAAGAAAGGCAGGAACCAGCAACAGCCACAGCCUGCAAAAAGAGGAAAGAGGCAGCAGGGAGGAAUGGUCAAGAAGGGAAGACAAGACUUAAAAAUGAAAGCUGAUGUUAAGAGGAGGAAACCAGUAAAGAGAGGAAAAGAGGUGACUGUUAGUAAAGUGGAAGAGGAGGAAAUGGAAAGACAAGAGGAAGAAGAAAAAGUGAAAAAAGAAGAGAUAGAAAUGGAGAGAGAAGAGGAGAAACAGGAGCAGCAGGAAAGGGAGAGGGAAGAAGACAAGGCUGCAGAUGACAAACCUCAGCAAGUCAAGGAGGAGAUAUACCAACAAGAAAUUAAAACUGAACCAACAGAAACCAAGUUAGAAGCAGAUUGUAAAGUUGAACCAAAGAUUGAGAGUGAAAUUGAAGAACAAGAAACCAUGAACAUAGAGAGAUCAGCAGAGGAAAAAGAGAGAGAUCUGAAAGCUGAACAAGGAACAUCAAAGAAAGAAGAGGUAGAAGAGGAGCAAGAACCAGAAGUAAAAACUGAACCACAGGAUUCUGUAGAGGAGAGAACAGGAACCGCAGAGGUACUCAAGGAAACAGAAGACACCUCUUUGAAGAAGGUGGAAGAACUUGAUAAUACCAAGGACAGGGAAGAAGUGAGUAGAGCAGAGGACAAAAUAUCUGAAAUAUCUAUUGAUGAGACAGUCAGUAGUGAUCAAGAGAAACCUAAGAAGGAAGAAGAGGAAAAGAAGGAAAAUGAGGACAGACCAAGACUUAGCACUGAGGAAGCAAAGAUAACAGGAGCCAUUGAAAGAUCAGAAGACAAUCAGGAGCAAUUCCACCCCACCACUGCCCCUUCAGAAGCAUUUCAUAGAAAAGAUAAGACAGAAGAAGAUGAAGGUGACACAUCAGAUGUUCAAGAUGAACCUAAGAGAACUGGUAAGAAAAAAGAAAAAGUAAUAAGGAAGGUAAAAAAAAUAAAAAGGGUAAUGAAAAAGGACAAAGAACCAAGACAAAAAAUGAAAGGAGUGAAGGGGCCUAAGGAGAAGCCAACAGGAGAGGAAGACAUAUCCUCAAAGGAAGGCAGAUUACAAAAACCUGAUACAGAAAAAGAUGACAAGAGUUCCAAGCAGACAAUUUGUGGGCCAGAAAGGAAAGAGAACAAGGAACAUUGUAUUCCUGGCAGCCAAAGGGAACGUUCCAAGUCACCCUCUUCUCUUGCUAACAAAGAAAAGAGGAAGGACAAAAGAAGCAGCAGGGAGAAGUCACCCAUGACUCUGGGCAAGACUUUUCCAAGACCAGCAAGGGAGGGCAGUCCAGCAGAGAGAACAAGAGAUUGCCAGUUGCCUAUCAAAGAUGAUGCAGACACAACUGUGCUGCACGAAAAAGGUGAUAUCAGCAAUCCUAUCACCCCAGAAGCAAGAUGGAAACUGGACUUGUCUCUGAAGCCUGAAGAACAUCCCGUGGAAGUUUUAAGGAAACCACCUACUCCACCUACACUGUUCCCACCACUUCCUUGGCAAACAAACCCUGAGAGUUUCUCUGACAGUGAUACCCUGAGAGCUAAGACUCCUGAGAGUGCAAAUUAUCUUGGAGGGAGAGGACCUCGAACGCCAGAAGGUCCUGCUCCCACUAGCCCAUCCACUUCUCCAACAUCUCCCACCACCCCUCCCAGAUCACCGCUUACAACUGGUGGGAAUAUCAAGGAGAUGAAAGGUGAAGACAAGAGAGCAGGAGAGACUGCCAUUGAAGGAACAUGGGGAUCCAGAUCAAGGGGACCUUGCACACCACCCCCACCCCCAGAGGAAGCAACACAAGAGGAGCAGCAACAACAGCAGGAAGGUGGUGAGGAGGCCAGCCGAAGCCCAUCCCAUCAGCACCAUUCUUCUAACACAGAAAGCACUCCAACAAGACCUGCACCUGUCAAAAAGAAGUUGUCCAUCUUGGAGUAUCGCAAGAGGAAAAGUGUUGGGGGAGAGACUGGACCUCUUGACUCCUCCCCUCCCCCAUGCCCACCCCCACACCGUUCCUUAAGUGGGGACUCCUUUGGGGAAACCCAUGAGUCCUUAGUGCGUGGAGGUCUGCACUCCCCUACCCAAUCCUCCCCUCCAGGGCUGACUGGGGGCAGUGGGGAAGAUGGUGACUCCUCCCCAGACCUUCCACUCUCCCCCAUCGGCCCAAUACUCCUCCCUCCAUCACCUAUUAACUUGGACACCAGAAGUUCUCUAGAGGAAACCAAGAGAGAUGGGGAGUGCUACCGCAGCAGUGCCACAGGGACAAUCGGCAGCAGUGACCUCAGCAGACACAGCAUAAUAAAUAAGAUCAUGAGUAGCAAUAACAGCACCAGUAGCAUUACCAGUAACAAAAACAGCAGCAGCACCAGCAGCAGCAGCAGCAGCAGCAGCAGCAGCAGCAGCAGUACAAAUGUCAGCAAUAGUAGUACUAUUUCUGGGAGCUGUGCGAUGCCUGAAGCAUCGACCACAGUCACUGGCACCACCACCUCAAGUACCACCAUUGCUGGAGGCAGCACACAGGAUGUUAAAUGGAAUGCAGCCCCAACACUGCUAGAGCGCCAGAGAGAAAACCUCACUGCCAGGCUCCGGAGAGAGUUUGGUCUCUGUGUAGCAGAUGAUGAUGAUGACAAGUCAGGUCUACGACUGAGCUGUUCUGGGGUACUGAGUCGACCAUCCCCUCCUGUAGCCCCAACUACUCCUCUCACCACCUCAAGCCCACUUUCCCCUCGUGUACGCAAGCCACCAGUGCUUUCUGUUGGCCCAGCCUGCAUGUCCUACCUUACAGAGGGUGAUGAACGGGGCCAUCGCCGCCACAAGAAUCUGCUGCCACCACCCCCACCACCACCACCCACAACUCAACCCAAGAACUCCAUCUUCCAUGGACGGGAGGUGAUGGAACCAAAGGUGGUGUGUGGGGCGAAGGUGGGUGUUGCUGGAACAGGGCAACCUGAAGCAGGAACUACUGGAGGGCCUGUGGUCUCUGGCUCUCAGAGAAUAAUCGGAUCCACUGGUCUUUUCCCAUCUUCUUCAGCUCCAGCUCCUCCUACUCCUCCUGGUGUGCGGGGAGGAUCCUUGCCCCAGAGCCCAGUUCCAACCUCUACUGGCAUCCCCAACUCCAUGACUGGAGCAGUUCCACGGCCCUGCCCAGUGCCCCCGCCCAUUGGAGUUCCUGCUGUGCCCACCCCACCAGUGGUUCAGGCUGGUCUGGCUGUCCUUCCGACCAUUUCACAUGGUCUGCCUGGCCUGCCUCCCUCCAAACAGUCUGGACCCUGCCUUUCCCCUGCCCUUACAGCUUCUCAGCAAAACCCAGAGUAUCCUGGCCGCCCCUUUUCCCGGGGCCAGUUUGGUGCCCCAGGAAUGGGCACACUGACUGCACCCAUCUCUCUCUACUCGGCAGCACGUCUGGCUCCUCCUCCCCCUCCUCCUCCUCCCCUGCCUCCACAGACAGAACCUGCAGGUCCUGGCCUGCCAGGUCCCAGCCCACCAGGACAUGUAGAACCUGCCAGGGUUAGUGGUGAGGGCAGUGCAGGCUAUUCUGGGCAAGAUUGCCCUGCUCCAGGCACCCGGGGCUCGUGAUGGCGGGUCAGUGGAGCCUCCUGGCCCCUUCUCACCCCUGCCCCCGACCCAGUGAUGCUAUCAGGAUAAGCUGUGCUCUCUGUAAAGACCUUCGUGUCCUCGUGCAGACCAGCACGCCUGUGUAUAUUGUUGGAAAGCUUUGUACGUAACGAAAUCUUUUGUUGCAUUCAACCUGUGCCCCUCGUCCAUUCCUUUAUUUCUCUCGGCUUUAAUUUGCUUAUCCUUUCUUGUAUCUAUUUGUUUUUGAAAAGUACAAAAUAAUAUUAGGUUCUUUCUCCCUGACAAAAUAAUGGGCUCUUAGAAUGUUUCUUAAGAAAAAUGCCCAAAAUGACUGCCAGUCUGCUGUGCUUGUGUGAGUGAGAGUGACUGACUGCUGUCCCUCCUGGAGCCAGGUGCCACCCAACACUUGACCUCCCACCUAACACUUCCGUCUCAUGAGAAAAGAAAAAAAUUGAUUAACUUUCCAACACAAUUCUUCAGGGUGAAUUGUAUGGAAAUUAUCGCUAAGUUCCAUUGGUCAGGAUGACCAUGUCAAUUCGUAAAGGGACAAAGGAAAAGGUUUAUUAUUUUUAGUAUCAAGUGAAUAAGAUGAAAGGAACAAACUUUCAUCUCUCAAGGACACAGCCUCACUCCAUUGGUGUUGACCAUACUCUUUUAUUUACAGUUCUGAUGAUGAGCGGUGUUGUACAGUCCCCCUCCACUGCCCCUCCACACAUUACUUCUGAUCUGUUCUUCCUUUAUUCUUCUACCCUUCCACUCCUCUUGUCUUUCUUCCUUGUCAUCUCCUGGCCCCUCCCACUCCCCUUGCUGAUCUGAUGCAGUACAGAAAAGAAGACCAGACUGAGCAUCACCUUACGUUCUUGUGGGCAGAUGACUACGAGUGAUCUGUUUUCCUUCUUCCUAUUUCUCUCCUUUCCCUUCGUACAUCAACAUCACCACCACUACCACCACAACCACAACCACUGUCACCACCACCACCACCACCACCACCACCAUAAUACACCAAGCUAAAGGUUUCACUAAUGUUUUCAUGUAAAAUAUAUGUAAAUUAAGACCUAUUAUAUACUAUAUAUAUUAUUUUUUGUUAUAUAUUUUUAUUUCUGGAAAGACUUUAAAUACGAGCUGUAUAUUAUUUAUAAAUCUUUAAAAAUCUACCUGAUACAUCGACUAGCUGGCUGAUGAAUCUCUAGUGUUUGUGGCUUGGACACCUUUUCUCUAUUAUUUAUUUUCUCUCUCUCUCUCUCUCUCUCUCUCUCUCUCUCUCUCUCUCUCUCUCUCUCUCUCUCUCUCUCUCUCUCUCUCUCUCUCUCUCUCUCUCUCUCUCUCUCUCUCUCUCUCUCUCUCUCUCUCUCUCUCUCUCUCUCUCUCUCUCUCUCUCUCUCUCUCUCUCUCUCUCUCUCUCGCACUUGUUGUAUUUAUGUUAUGUACAUAGAUUGUUGGGAAAAUAUUAUAUUUUUAUUUUCUCCUUGCUUUUGCAUACAAACGGACACACACAUUCAUGUUUUUUUCUGAGGUGAAAUUACCUUUAUAUCUUUUACAGAAAAUAACAUGUCCAUUAAGUGUUGUGAGGAAAUGAAGGAAGCUCUACCUGAAUUGAAUCAUUAUUUAUUAUUAUUGUGGAUAUAUAUAUAUAUAUAUAUAUAUAUAUAUAUAUAUAUAUAUAUAUAUAUAUAUAUAUAUAUAUAUAUAUAUAUAUAUAUAUAUAUAUAUAUAUAUAUAUAUAUAUUAUUUUACUCUAUUUUUUCAUCGCCGAUGAUAGCGUGUUGUAGAGUCGAUGUUCUCUCUUCGUGUUCUCUAUCUACUUUUUAUUCCCUCCCUCUGUCAUCUAUCACUCCAGGCCCAACACUUUUUAAUUUUCUUGGACGUGACUUCCAGUUAUGUGUUUUUUUCUUUUCCUUCAUUGAGUAGUGUAGUGUUGUAAUUUUCAUGACAUUUUCCCUCCAGAACUUUUUAUUUGAUAUUUUUGUCAUACAUUCAUCAUAACAAGACUGACACACCUCUUCAUGUGCCAUGUCUUUAUUUCCUCAAAUGCAAUGUUUCGAUGGGUUCUGGGGUUUGUAUUUGUUCUUAUCUUUCUCUUUCUUCAUUUACAACUUUUUUUCCUGCUCCUCCCACAAUAGUACCUGUUUAUUCUUGAUGUUCACGGUUCUAGGACUAAGCAUAAAGUAUACAAGAGUUGUCCAGCGCGGGGGGGUGAACCGGGACCCGCGCAUACCUGUUGCCUUUUUCUUUUUUCAUUAUUAUUAUUUUUUUAUUCUGUUUUUUUCCACCAAUUUUCUGCUAGUGGUAGUGGGCGGUAGAGGUGUAGCAUCUACCAGGCGGCGCUGUACCAAGACUGUACCUGUACCUGGCCCAACAGGCGCCGCUCAGGGGCCCGCGGCAACCCCCCCCCCCCACCCCCGGCGGACGCUAAAAAGAAAGGCUCACUUAAAUUUAAGAAGAACCUCCCUUACAUGUUUGCGAAUCCUGACACUUAUUGUUGUAUGAGAGUACAACAAGUUAUUUUGUGUACAUAUGCCUAUGUCUUGUACAAAGAAUGGUAGCAUUAAAUGAUUUGGAUAUGAAUAAAUGAUGUCAUUAUU